AGGGGGCUGAGCUGGAGGCGGACAGGCAGAAAGGAGGUCUCCGUGCUUGGCUGGCGCUGGUCGUUUGCUGGGUUGUCUUCAAGAGAAAGCCCCAUCUUUGAAAGACGAGACCGAAGAGCACGCCGAGCAUAGAAAAUUGGAGCAAAGUUGGAUGUGCCAUUUGGGCCUGACCUUGGGAUCCAGAACAUCAGAGAGGUUCUGCCCCAGUCACAAGUGCCAAGGACGUUGCAGCCGGCUCGCUCCCAGCCCAUCGACCCGAUUCCUGGCUACUUCUGCCGACCUCCACCCUGUCCCUGAGGCGAUGGCUUCCCCUGUUCCGGCCGGGUGCUGCGUGCUGCUUGCCGCGGUGGUGGUGGUGGUUUACGCCCAGAGGCCCAGCCAGCAAGAAACCCACAUUCACUACGCACAGUUGGGGACUGAUGUGACAUUACUUUGCGGGUCCGUGGAUCAGGAUGCGGCCGUCACCUGGACGGCAAACAGCACUGACCUGGAUGCGUCUCAUCUCAACGGUUCACGCCUGGUCCUGCGAAACGUGGACCUCUCCCACAGCGGCCAGUACACCUGCUACGAGGGACCUUCGUGGCACGUCAAGUACCGGGUCAAUCUCAGAGUGGGAUUGCCGCCCAAGGAGCCGAUCGUGAUGUGCCGGUCCAACAACUACCCCAACGGGUUCUACUGCAGUUGGCACCUGCCCAGCCCGACCUACAUCAACGACACCUUUAACAUCACUGUCGUCCACGAUUCCAAGGAGAUUGUGUGCAAGAAGGAAACGCCCCCAAAGAACAGGUGCUACAUCCAGUUCCUCCAGGUCUUCUCCACCAAGAAGUACAAGGUGACUUUGACGGCCUCGAAUCCCCUGGGCAGCAGCUCCACCACCAUCUCCUUUGACGAAUUUGCGAUAGUAAAGCCGGACCCUCCAGAGAACGUGGUCGCCAAGCCGGUGCCCAACAACGCCCGGAGGCUGCUGGUGUCCUGGCAGUAUCCGUCCUCGUGGCCCGACCCAGACUCCUUCCCGCUCAAGUUCUUCUUGAGGUACCGGCCGCUCAUCAUUGACCAAUGGCAGCAUGUGGAGCUCUCGGACGGGACCAGCCACAUCAUCACCGACGCCUACGCUGGCAAGGAGUACAUCAUCCAGGUGGCCGCCAAGGACAACGACAUCGGGACAUGGAGUGAUUGGAGCGUGGCGGUCCAUGCCACACCCUGGACGGAGGAGCCCAAGCAUCUCACCACAGAAGCCCAGGGAGCAGAGACGACAACUGCCAGCACUUCGGCGUUCGUGGUCCCUCCCACCACCAGGCUCUCGGAUUCCGACGUCACCGACAGGAAUCGGGCCAUGGCGCUUUCCCUGGUGGUCAGUCUGGUGCUGGUGGUGUUCAGCAUUCACUUUAUUUAACCCAGCCUCUUAAGCGCCUCUGAGGAGGUCACCAACUGGCCAGAACGUCUGUCUUUGCUUCUGUUUUGCACAUGUUCUGAAGGACGUGUCACGUUUCUCCUCAUUGCUUCACUCUCUUGAAGGGCGAGUCCUCUGUGGCCCAGAGGCAGCCCUCCGGCUCCCCUGGCCUGGCCUCGGCCGCGGAGGAAGCCUCGCGCGCAGGACAGAGGAACUCUCCUGACCACGCAAAACAGAAGGACUUCCCUGCAGGAUGGGGUGGGGAGGGGGCCUGGCCUGGGAGAGUGCCGGGCAAGGGAGCAGACGGGAGCCGCCCCCCUCCCUGCCGUCCUGGCCUCGGGUUCGGAUCAUACAGCUAAGCCACCAUGCCAAAGAUGCUCCGCUGCCCCCCCUCUGUUGCCCCCACAACUCUCGGCAGCCGACUCCUGGGCAUCGAAGCGGGCCGGAUGGGGCUGCUCUUCGCUUGGGGGGGGAUUGGGGGGUCCUGCCUCUGCCACAAGGAGGCAGGAGGUGCGACCUUGCCAGGGUGGCUCCUUCCCUUCACGGUCGGUCGGGAGGAAAAGAACGGUCCUGAACUGCCAAACAAAAGGAGGUGGAGAGGGACUCGACGUGUCACCGCCCUCCUUCCCACGAAAGACUUCCUCAUCCACCAUGGGGGCCGGAGGGGGGGGGUGUUUGCUUUUUUUAAAGGACCAGUUUGUGACGGGACCCCCUGCACCCUGAAACAAUGACAUCUCGUCUCCCUGGGUGAAAAUAAAGGGGUGGGGUGGGGAGGAGGAAGCUGAUUGCUCCUGGAAAACACACAACAACAACAACAACAACACACACACACACACACACAGAGCCGACUCCAUUUGUACCUGUGUCCAUUCUGUUGAUACACAAACACUCUGGUUUAUGUAUUGGUCUUAUGAACGGGACAUGGGAUGUCUACCUAAUGGAAAUGUAGCGACAUUGAAAUGUCUGGCCCCCCCCAAGCCCUCCCCACGGACCCUCUUCCCCCCCCCACCCCACAAACACCACAAAGCCCUGUUUUUGUAAAAUGCCCUCUUCCCUUCUCCCCCUUCACACACUCCCUCCCGUCCUCCUCCCAUCUCCCUCUGGUUCAAAGUGCAGUAUUUAAUACCGUACGUCCUAUUAUUCCAAAUGAUUGUUAUGCUGUAUUUGAACUUUUUAUAGAUGUAUAUAAAAAUUUUAAAAAUCAUAGACAAACACACUGGGGAAUGCACCGAAACACAUAUACAGAGACACACACAGGAGAGAGGUUGUUCAUUAAAUGUGACCAUUUCAUUAUGUU